UUAGGGGGUUGCAAGGCGGACGAAGACGAGGGCCCCAGCCCGGCCGAGGAGGACUCGGAGACCCUCCAGGGCCAGGGUUUGUGCAAGUGGUUCAACGUGCGCAUGGGCUUCGGCUUCCUGUCCAUGACGAGCCGGGACGGCGUGCAGCUGGACGAGCCCGUGGAUGUCUUCGUACAUCAGAGCAAGUUACACAUGGACGGCUUCCGCAGCCUGAAGGAAGGCGAAGCUGUGGAGUUUACCUUCAAAAAGUCCCCCAAAGGGCUGGAGUCCCAGCGGGUCACGGGCCCCGGUGGGAUCCACUGCGUGGGCAGCGAGCGCAGACCCAAAGGCAAGAAAGUCCAGAAGCGACGCUCCAAAGGAGAUCGGUGCUACAACUGCGGCGGUCUGGACCACCACGCCAAAGAGUGCAAGUUGCCGCCUCAGCCUAAAAAGUGCCACUUCUGCCAGAGCAUCGAUCACAUGGUGGCCAACUGUCCAAUCAAAGCACAGCAGCCCUCGCCGGCUUCUCAGGGAAAGCCGUCCGCCCUGAAGGUCAACGAGGAGGAGAAAGGUGGACACGCCUCCACCCCGCCACCGCCACCUCCUCAAGAGGCCUCCGAAUAGGCCUAGCGGAGGUAUUUUGUGUUUUUUCUUUUUUUUUUUUUUUUCCUUUCCUUGGAAGGUGGGCAGUAUUGGUUAGCACAGAGGCCAAUCAAACUGCUUCGACUGAGGAAUCGCCUCCAGUCUGAAGCUUCUUUUGGAACUACCUCAGGUCAAAACAAGUUUUCUCAAGAAGAAUGUUGCUGAUUUGUUUUUUCAUAUUUUUUUUAAUUUGUUGGUAUCGCUUACACUCAGGAA